GGAUACAAAGUCAGCCGAGAGACUGACAGCUCCGUCUAGAAAUGGCACGUCUUUUGGAGAAAAAAGCGAUUUGAUUGUGAAGGACAAGUGGCCAACCGACUGACCCAGAUGAGUAAGGACUCCAAGACUAUUCAUUUUGUGGAAUUGGAUUAUGGAAUCUGAUGGUGGAUAUUUGGAUGCGUUCACACGCCCAUGCGACAAUGUCAAUGGAUGUUAUGAUGAACAGUGGUCAGGCUUUUUUCCGUAAAUAUUUGAAUAUUUCAUUUUUGGUUUAUUUGAACCAGAAGACAAGACGCUAUAUACGCAUAAAGACAGGAUUGUAAUUCAAUGUUGCACCAAAAGGACGAAUUAGGCUUUUAUUAGACCUGCUACGUUAUUAUUUUUAUUAUUGUUGUUAUUAUUAUUGCCUCGAGGAUGGUGCAUCUGUCUAUCAAAGCCAAAGAAAACACGUUACCGUAGACGAUUAAUCGCUUUAUUCUUUAUCACGUCAACUCGAAUCAGAGAUACACAAAUAUUUGCAAUUGGAAUUACAGUCAAAUGCUUUCACAAAACACAUAAUGUAUUAUUACUGUAGGCUAUUUCGGUCUCUAACAUAGCGUGUGAAGGUGUCGAAAAGCACUGAAAUAUAUUCGUUAAAAGCCAGCAGGUGCGGGGGACCUUUGCUCACAAAUAACUGAAAUGUGCAACAUUGUGUCCAUAUAACUAGACAAGGCUAUUGCUUAUGAUUACAAAUGUAUCAGAUGUUAUGAAUGAGCAUCGUCUUAUAGCCUACAAAAUUGACGCGAAGAUCAUUAUGGCUACAACAGACUGUUCUGUACACGUUGUAUGUAUACGUUUCUGUCGCGAUAACUCGCGCAUUCGUGAAAGCUCACUGUAUCGUGUUUAUUGAAACGUUACAGAGCGCAGAAUUUAGGCCGGACAAUGUAACAAGACGAACGAUCAAUCAUUGAUGUUCGCUGACAACUAAGGUGCAAAAUGUACAGUCACUCGAUGAUGUUUGCCUGAAUACUGUCCGCCGUAAUUCCCCAUCUAAAAAUGGAGGAGUAGGCUUUUUAAGAACAUUCAACGGGCGUAUACGUUGAUCGAUGUAGGCGUGCAGGAUUUAGACGAGGCAGCAGAUAGUAGGGAAAUAUUUCAAUCGACAUUUCAACGAAAUACGACGUCAAGACAAGGGUCUUUCAUCGCUGUCAAAAAGCCAAUGACCCGGUAAUAACGAGAUGUCAGACAAGCGCUAUUUUUCUGCGCUGCGCUUGAUUGGAAAUAGCAACGAUCCUUGCUCAGAUGUUAAACUACACAGGUGAAACUAUUUAGAAUACAAAUGUUUUGUUACACGUGGUGCAACUGAUUUAUAAAUAGCCGAUUUAGAUGUGGGAUCUCCUUUAACUGUCGCGUGGCUUCCUCACUGUCUUUGGCCUCUCAUAAUCUCCAGGGAGAGGAGUGAGUUUGCCUCUUUAAAUCUCUGUGUCAGGAUCUGUUCUCAAGGAGGCGAAAUGAAGUGCAGCGUUUGGCCAUGAAUUAUUCAUCAGGGCAAAAAAUUCAAGGAAAUAAAAAUAGUAAGAAACCAGAAUAAACAUUUGUGGUCAACUGAGACCAUCCAGCUCUUGCUGAGUCUUGAGAGGGACGCAGUAAAUCAAAUCUGUAGUCUAAUAUGAAAUAGCAAUAGAUGCUUUGAGGAUCCCCCCCCACAGCCCCCCUACAGUAGUCGUAAAAGCCGUGUGGGAUGUUACAGAGACCCAUGUUCAGAUCCUGAGCAGCGCAAAGCUACCCCAUCCACCAGAACCUCAUCUCACAGUACUGAAGAGGGAACACAUGGUCUACUUUGGGAUUUUUCCCAGGCCAGCCUCUCUGGUAGCUUUCUAGAACAUACAUGGGAGAAUAAUCAGUAGCCUCUCUCAGGGAUAGCCAGGGGUCACCCCAAAGUGAACUCGUAGGUAUACAUGUUAAAUACACACUGCAUUAUACAUGGUAAUACAGACUGCUACACACACAUGAUUGGUGACAGGAACUGGAACUACCCCAGUAAACGGGGCCAGUGAUGGGACAGUGGAGCUUUGGCCUGCCUGUCCACUGAUCUGUCACUCCUCUGGUUAAGGAGGCCUGGAUUCAGCUGAUGGGCCCUGCAUGGAUUUUGUGUGUGAGUUGACAGAGGGCAGGCCCACACCGCUGACCAGCAGCCGGGCAGCCAUGGAUCCAUAUGCCAGAGCGAGCAGCACAGCAGCCCCCCUGCCCUGCACCAGCUGUGGGGGCUGCUGCGACCCUCCUCCCCCUGGCCUCGUGCUCGCUGGUCCCCUUGGCCCCCCUUAUGGCCCCCCUCUCUCCUCCAUGCCCCCACAUAUGACCCCUGCUCCCCCGGUGUGUGCUGCUACAGCUGUCCAGGCUGAGAAUGGCAGCAGCUGGAACUCCUCCUCUGGUUCUUCAGACUCCCACCCUGGCCACCAGUGCGGCUCUACCACCUCCAACCCCUACUGGACGGCCGUGUUUGACUACGAGGCCACGGCAGACGAGGAGCUGACCCUGCGGCGCGGGGACCUCCUGGAGGUCCUCUCCAAGGACUCCAAAGUGUCCGGGGAUGAGGGCUGGUGGACGGGCAAGAUCCAAGACAAGGUGGGCAUUUUCCCAUGCAACUACGUUACUCGGAGGGACGCCGGCAGCUACCCGCAGCUAACCGCAGGAGGGCUGGUGGCGGGUGGGGUGCCUGAGGGGUGCCCCCUGGAGAUCGACUUCACGGAGCUGGUGCUGGAGGAGGUGAUCGGGGCGGGGGGGUUUGGGAAGGUGUAUAGGGGGAUGUGGCAAGGGGAGGAGGUGGCAGUUAAAGCUGCCAGGCAGGACCCGGACGAGGACAUCAGCGCCACAGCUGAAAGCGUACGACAAGAGGCCAGGCUUUUCUGGAUGCUCAGACACCCCAACAUCAUCAACCUGAUAGGGGUGUGCCUGCGAGAGCCCAACCUCUGCCUGGUGAUGGAGUAUGCCCGCGGGGGGGCCCUGAACAGAGCCCUAGCUGGGAAGAAGGUACCCCCCAGGGUGCUGGUGAACUGGGCCGUGCAGAUCGCCACAGGGAUGGACUACCUGCACAAUCAGACCUUUGUACCGGUUAUACACAGAGACCUCAAGUCAAGCAACAUCUUGAUCCUGGAGCCCAUUGAGAGGGAGGAUCUGGGUGGCAGGACGCUGAAGAUCACCGAUUUUGGCCUGGCACGGGAGUGGCACCAGACCACCAAGAUGAGCGCGGCGGGCACCUACGCCUGGAUGGCCCCCGAGGUCAUCAAACUCUCCCUGUUCUCCAAGAGCAGCGACGUCUGGAGUUUCGGGGUGCUGCUAUGGGAGCUGCUAACAGGAGAGGUUCCGUACCGUGAGAUAGAUGCGCUGGCCGUGGCGUACGGAGUGGCCAUGAACAAACUGACCCUGCCCGUCCCCUCCACCUGCCCCGAGCCCUUCGCACUCCUGCUGGCGGAGUGCUGGAGCCCUAACCCCCACAGUCGCCCGUCCUUCACUAGUAUCCUCACGCGGCUGCUGGCCAUCGAACAGUCGGCCAUGUUUCAGAUGCCCCUGGAGUCCUUCCACUCUCUGCAGGAGGACUGGAGGCUGGAGAUCCAGCAGAUGUUUGACGAGCUCAGGGCCAAGGAGAAGGAGUUGCGUUCUUGGGAGGAGGCGUUGGCUCGUGCGGCUGAGGAGCAGAGGGAGCAGGAGGAGCAGCUGAGGAGGAGAGAGCAGGAGCUGGCUGAGAGAGAGAUCGAUAUCGUGGAGCGUGAACUCAACAUCAUCAUCCACCAGAUGUACCAGGAGAAGCCCAGGGUCAAGAAGCGCAAGGGCCACUUCAAGAAGAGCAGACUGCUCAAGCUGGGCAGAGAUAGCAACAGCAUCAGUCUGCCCUCUGGUUUUGAGCAUAAGAUCACAGUGCAGGCGUCUCCGAGCGUGGAUAAGAGGAAGCCCCAGGGCAAUGAGAGCACCACACCUCCAGCCAGCCCAGGGGUCAUACCCCGCCUCAGGGCCAUACGACUGACUCCCAGCGAUGGCAGUAAAACGUGGGGCCGCAGUGCCGUGUGUAAGAAGGAGGACCUGGCAGCUAGCAAAAAGAAGGGACGCACCUGGGGGCCCAGCUCCACCCUCCAGAGAGAGAGACUGGGCGGAGAGGACAGGUUGAACUCGCUGGGCGACGGAUGCAAGGUGUGGUCCUCUAGUGCCCCGAAUCUGGGCAAGUCUCCCAAACACGCCCCCAUGACCGCCGGCUUCUCUAGCCUCAAUGAAAUGGAGGAGCACUGUGAGCUGGAGGAGUCGCCCGGGUCUCUGAUGCCCCCAGAGCCCUGCAGUAACGGGGCUGUGGAGGAGGGAGGCCCCUCGUUGGGCGGGGCGGGGCCCGGGAUGGGGAGCGGGGUGGGUUACCAAGACUCUGUGCGGCGCUGCAGCCAGAGGAAGAAGAGUGACCUGCUGCUGCUGGGCUGUGCCUCCCUACUGGCCUCUGUAGGUCUGGGGCUGGACCUGCUACAGCUGGGGAGACUACAGGUCCAACAGGAUGAGCAGGACCUUAGAGAGGAGCAGCGCAAGAAAAAGGACAGCAUUUUCCAGCGAACGGGUCGCUUCCGUCGCAGCACCUCUCCCCCGAGCCGCGCCCUGUCCCUCUCGCUGUCCCGCCGCCGCGACUCUACUCUCCCCUGCAUGGACCCCUCUCCCUCCGUCACCCUCCUCUCCCUCUCCUCCCUCUCAGACUGCAACUCCACCAAAUCUCUCCUUCCCUCGGAACUUGAGGACUUGGCGUUGACCCCCGGAGUGGGCGUCUCCCUCCCCGCGGCGCCUCCCGUCCCCUCAGUUAACCCCCUCCUGGAUCUGAGGGCAGAGAGCUUCAAGAGAGAGCCCAACCAGUCCCUCACGCCCACUCACGUGUCUGCAACCAUGAACAGGGGGCACAGACGCACCCCCUCUGACGGGGCGAUACGCCCCCGCGCCCAAACCCUAGGGCACCGCAGGACCCCCUCGGACGGCAGCAUGCCCAUGCCGCCCCCGCCAGGGCCACCCACCCUCCCCCUACAUGCAGGUUACAGGGAGACCCUGGACAUCCCCCGACUCUCUGACCCCUCCAGCCUCUUCCCAAGGGUCCUCCGCCGCAAGGCCCCCGCUCCGCCUGUCCCUGUCCCGGUCCUGGAGCCCCUGACCAACAUCAGCCCCUUGGAGAGGCCCAAGACCCUGGAGUUCGCCCCCCGGCCUCGGCCCACCCCAGCCAGGGUGCGACCGGACCCCUGGAAGCUGGGCUCCCUGUCCAGGACCCUGAGCUCAUCCCCGGGCAGCAGCUGUGACAGUCCCCUGGGCUCUGGAGACAGCAGUGCCAGCACCGGCGCGGUCAGGCCCAACCUCAUGGACAUGGACGUGGAUGGACAGGAUCUGGACGGCACCGUGCCCCUGUGUGAACAGCACCAGGCUGCACAGCUCUGUGGACAGAACUACGGCUAAGCCACACUCUGCAACAUUACUGUAAAUGGGCAACACUACUCCUAGUGCACACUUCAAAGACUCCUUAGUAUGCCCACUUUAUUCCUGGUAGCCAAUCCCUUUGCAAACAGUACUUCUCCUAGUGUCCACUCUGAAGCCCACUUGUGCGGGCUGUACCUCUCUCCUGGUGGUCACUCCUAAGCCUUGUGCCCUCCAAGUCUCAUAGUACUCCUAGUACACACCCAAGCAUCCGGGACAGCACUUCUCUUAGUGUCCCUUCCAAAGCCGCCCAGUGUGGGACAACAUUCCUCCAAGUGACCACUCCGCAGCCUCUAGAGUCCAAACCUCCAGUGCCCUAGUGACCAGUGUGCCCUCCUAACCUUCCAUAUAUAUUGCCCGUCCUCCAAAAAGGAACAUGUAAACCAUUACGCUUCUAGGCAGACACUUCUAAGUGCUCAUCCCUAUCCAUCAUUUCCUGUAGUAAGGGACUCGUUCUGCUUCACCACUCCGUGGACUCUCUGCCUCUCUCGACACAGGUGUCAUGUCUGUCUCUGCUCUCUCCUUCCCCAAGGACUAGGGCCGAAGCUUCGCCAGCGGUCGACACUUCACACCUCUCAUCAGGGUUGGAAUCAUUGUACGAUGACUCUUGGGAGUGCCCUUGAAGUGUCCACGGGGGGGGGUGCCCUGAUUUGUGACGAGAGCACCUCUGGGUGCCAUGUGAACCCUGCUGCCCCUCCUUCGUAUUUACAUGUAGUCAAUGGCAGGACGACGCUCCAAUCCUGAGCGACUUCCAAAUCAGUGCGUAAGUUGCCCUCUUAUUGAGCGUCCCCUUCUAUAGAACUAAUGUCCACCUCCCUCACCUCCAGAUAGCAUCUUAGCUGUAUAGGGAUGGUCUCUGUCCUGUCCCCUCUCCCCAAAGGCCGUGACAGGAACAGGGAAGCCAUUUUAAGCUCCACAGCACAAUGGACAGGACUUUGCCUCCUCAGCCCUGUGUAGGCGAAUGAGUUUGAUUCUUCUCAAGGCUUGAACCAUUCCAGCCAUAACCUGUUUAGCACAGCAUUUUCUAUUGGUUUGGUCGAAUUGUGGGUCUGUAUGGGUGCACUCUGUGUGUGUGUGUGUGUGUGUGUGUGUGUGGGUGUGUGGGUGCGCACGCGUGUUUGUGUUUUGUGACCGCAUGUUAUUUUAGCGUGAAGGAUGUACUGUAGAACUAGCAAAUCCGUAGUAAGAGAGCCGAAACAUGCUUUUCUCCCCCUCAUUCUUUACCUUACGUCCUCAUAGGGUUGCAAAAUGUCCGGUAACUUUUCCAACAUUCCCUGGUUUACCAGAAACCCUGGUUGAAAGAUUCCUGGAAUAAGCAGGAAAUGCGAGAAUCCUCGAACCAGGAUUUCUGUAAAACGAAGGAAUUUGGGGAAAGUUGCUGUAAAUGGGAAACGCUAUGUCAUCAUAACCUGGAGUUUCUCAGCAAAUGUCCUCUCUCUCACCGAUCAUCACUGGUUUGUAUAGAGCCCCUUAUACACUCUGCUGUAUGGAUCGUUUACUACAACAACAGCAGGUCCUCUGAGAGCAGAGGAGGAUCAUGGGAAAUGAGGGUAAAUCCACUUGCAAUAAAUGGUUAAUGAAUACUACCUGUUUUCUACAACAACAAAAAAACGAAUUCCCACAUUCCGUACUCCUUUCUCUACCUACUGGAUAGUGAUACAACCUCAUUGAAGGGGAAAAAGAGCACAAUCUUUGGUUAAAGAGCCAUGAUAUGGACAUGUCAGACUGUGAAGGACUUGACACAAGGGUGCUUGGGAUGUGGACGGCGAAUCGAGAGAACUCUGGAUUCUCUCGCAGGCCCGCGAGCGCACCCGUACUGUCUGGUUGCUGAAAGACGAUGAAGAACACCACUUUUUAAUGGCACAGUUGGUCGAGGCUACAUACAAGUAUUUACUUGGCUGUGUCUGGGAGUGUUUUGUAGGUAUGUGUGUGUAUGCGUGUGUGUGUGUGUGUGUUUAGUGUUAUUAUUUGUAUGGGAUGAUGUCAAUCCCAUAGGUAGAGGGGUGAGCCAAUCUCAUCCUUAUUCUCCUUGUGUGGUUAAGAACGCUCAGAGUAUUUAUUAAAAUUAUUGUUAUAAUUGAAAUCAUGAUUAAUUAUUGUUAUUAUGAUUCUCUUUACGGAAUAUCUGUAUAUAUAUAUAUUUGUUAAUAUAACACAGACCAACCAAGAAAAACCGAGCAAACUACAGACUGACGGGCGGAUGUCUUCGAUCUGUCUCACUCUGUGACGUUCUGGGAUACCUGACGAGAGAGGGACGUGUUGUUGACUGUUGAGGUGUGAUGAUGAAUGAUUUAAUGAAUGACAAAAUAAAAGAG